AUGCAUCUGGAUAUAAAGCCUCAUAACAUCCUCCUUGAUGAAGAUUUCUGCCCAAAAAUAGCAUAUUUUGGGCUUGCUAAAUUGCACUCAAGGAAAGAUAGUAUAGUUUCAAUGUUGGAGGCGAGAGGCACCAUUGGAUAUAUUGCCCCUGAAGUUUUCAACAGAAACUUUGGAGUAGUGUCCCAUAAAGCCGAUGUGUAUAGUUAUGGGAUGCUAAUACUAGAAAUGGUUGGCGGAAAAAGCAAUGUCGAUGCUGGUACUGAUAAGGAUGAUACCAAGUCUCAGUCAGGGUAUGUCUUCAUUUUGAAUGGAGGAGCAGUAGAUUGGAAGAGUAAGAAGAAAUCUACCGUUGCUAUGUUUACUACAGAGUCUGAGUAUAUAGCUGCUUUGGAUGCAGCAAUGGAAGCUGUCUGGAUCAGAAAUUUUCUUUCUGGGCUUGAUGUGAUGCCAUCAAAUAAUACACCUAUGGAUUUGUACUGUGACAAUCCUGGAGCAAUUGUCAUUGCCAAUGAACCUGGAGUUCAAAAGGCAUUUGGGAAAAACCCUGAAUUAGAUAAUAUUCCAAAGACAGAACAAUUAUCUUAA